UUAUUUCAAUAUUGAUCGUCUAAGGGCACCAUUAUAGUGUAUACUAGGAUGUCAAGUGUCGACUGUCCAGUGUCGACCGUCGAAUCUAGUGAUGUCGGAUGGUCUGACAUUAGUUGCAAUCGUAUUAUUGCCUGUUUUGUACCGUGGUGACUAAAACGUUGAUUUUGCGUUUUUCUAGUGAAGCUGGUGUAACAUAUAACUGUCGAAAACAUUCAUUAUUAUUAGGUAUAACGUGCUCCGUUGAAUAUAAAAUAGGAUAAAAAUGGUAUUUUCUAUACUACCAUUGGGCUUUAAUUCGUUAAUCCAAUGUUUAGUUCCCCAAUCUUUUUAAUAUUAGGAGCCAUUUACACAUGGCGAAAAGUCACGUAGGCAUUAGUAACUUUUUCACCGUGGAUUCAUGAUUGCAAGUUUUAUUUACUGUUGUGGCUGUUAAUGUAGUGCGUACAAAAUGGAUAGCAAAAAUAUUCAAAAGAAUGCUAUGCAAAAAAGUGCUGAAUUUACUUUCACUCCGCCACCCGAGGCACCCGUAUUUGAGCCUACGCCUGAGGAAUUUAUGGAUCCUUUAGGAUACAUUGCUAAAAUUCGUCCUGUGGCUGAGAAAACGGGAAUUUGUAAAAUAAAACCCCCUGCUCGAUGGCAGCCUCCGUUUUCAUUAGAUGUCGAUAAAUUAAAAUUCGUUCCACGGAUUCAAAAAGUUAAUGAAUUGGAAGCCAUUACUCGUCUUAAGCUUUUGUUUCUUGAAAAAAUAUUAAAAUUUUGGGAACUACAAGGAUCGCCACUUAAAAUUCCUAUGAUUGAAAAUAAAACUCUGGAUCUUUAUUGCUUAAAAUUCUGGGUUGAUGAAGAAGGAGGCUUUGAAAAUUGUAACAGCCCAAAAAAAUGGCGUAAGAUUGCUAACACAAUGGGUUAUAGUCAAAGCACAAUCACAAUGAAUUUUCUCAAAAGUAACUAUGAAAAGAUUCUUCUUCCUUACGAAAUAUUUGAAAAAAGUAAAGCUGAUAUUUUAAAAACAGUCAAAAAGUCUGAUUGUAAAGUAGAAGUUAAAGAAGAGAGUGAAAAUGGAAAAGAGAUGUUUAAAGAAAUUUGUAUAGAAUCUAUAACUAAAAUACAUAACAACAUUGAUGAUGAACAACCUCACACAAGUAUUAAGAAGACAAAGACUGGCUCAGAUAUUAAAAUAGAACCAGGUUGUACAAAAUCAAAAAUAGACUUUGAAAAGAUAAAACGCAACAGAGAACUCAGGAGAUUGGCUUGUUAUGGACCUGGCCCAAAAAUGCCAGGUCUUAAUGAUGAAGAAUUUGAUAUAACAAAGUCACGAAAGAGACCUAGGUAUGAUUUGGAUCCAUUGGCCAUUUAUAUCUGUGCUAUUUGUCAGAAAGACCAUAGGGAUGAUUUGCUUCUCAUAUGCAAUGGCUGCUCGGAUACAUAUCACACAUUCUGUCUGAAGCCACCACUCAAUGUGGUUCCAGAUGGUGACUGGCGUUGUCCAUGUUGCAUUGCUGAAGAAGUACAUAAGCCGGCUGAAGCUUUUGGUUUUGCACAAGCUGAGAGAGAAUACACCUUACAACAAUUUGGAGAAAUGGCAGAUAAAUUCAAAUCUGACUACUUUGGUAUGUCGGGACAUCUUGUUCCAACUAAUGUGGCUGAGAAAGAGUUCUGGAGAAUUAUAUCUUCUGUAGAAGAGGAUGUUACUGUAGAGUAUGGAGCAGAUUUGCAUUCAAUGGAUCAUGGAUCAGGCUUUCCAACAAAGUCUUCUUUGAAUUUAUACCCUGGCGAUCAGGAAUAUGUUGAUUCAGGCUGGAAUUUAAACAAUUUGCCAGUAUUGGAAGGUUCAGUUUUAAGGUUCAUAAAUGCAGAUAUAUCUGGCAUGACUGUUCCUUGGAUGUAUGUUGGAAUGUGCUUUUCAGCAUUUUGUUGGCAUAAUGAAGAUCAUUGGAGCUAUUCAAUUAACUAUCUACAUUGGGGUGAAGCCAAGACUUGGUAUGGUGUUCCAGGAAGUGGAGCUGAACUUCUUGAAAAUGCUAUGAAGGCAGCUGCUCCAGAUCUUUUCAAAUCUCAACCCGACCUAUUGCAUCAGUUAGUAACAAUAAUGAAUCCUAACAUAUUAAUGGCAGCCGGUGUCCCCAUCUAUAGAACUGAUCAAAAUGCUGGAGAAUUUGUUGUUACCUUCCCAAGAGCAUAUCAUGCUGGUUUCAAUCAGGGCUAUAACUUUGCUGAAGCGGUUAACUUUGCCCCUCCAGAUUGGCUUCAUAUUGGCCGUGAAUGUAUAAUGCACUAUAAAUAUCUGAAAAGAUUCUGUGUGUUCUCACAUGAUGAACUUAUUUGCAAGAUGGCUUUAGAAGGUGACAGGUUAGAUUUGGAGACAGCUUUAGAAACACAAAAGGAGUUAGUGCAUGCAACUGCGGAGGAAGGUCGUUUACGGGCUUUAUUGUCAAAAAAUGGUUUAAAGAAUGUCAGAAGGACAGCCUUUGAGUUGCUUGGAGAUGAUGAAAGAUUAUGCGAAGUCUGCAAAACAACUUGCUUCCUAUCAUCUGUAUCUUGUUCAGAAUGCAAGCAUAUGUCUUGUUUGCAACAUGCAACAACUGACAGUUUUUGUUCAUGCGCAUUGGAAAAGAAAACCUUAUUCUAUCGCUAUGAUAUGGACGAAUUACACAUUAUGCUGCAGACUAUCGACUUCAGAGUGAACAGUUUUGAUAAAUGGAUGACUGAAACUAAAAAUAUUUUGCUACCGACCGCUCCAGACAUAGGUCGACUCCAAAAACUGAGAGUAUUGGUUGAUGAAGCGGAAGAACUUAAAAUACCAAAGUGUAUAUUACUGACGCAACUCAAGGAUGAAUAUACUAAGGCUACUGAAAAUAUAGAGCCUAUUGUUAUAGAAUUAGAUGAUGAUUAAAACUAACUGUAAUGACUAGCCGGUAGUACAAAUUAAGGGAGUUGAUUUUAUUUGUUUAAGAAAUGGGUCCUCAAAUCUAGUUAUGUAGGUUCAAAUUGUUCAAACAUAGAGUGAAAUAUUAAACAAAUAGGAUACCAAUACUUAAAUAUAAAAAUAUGACUAAAUAAUAGUUCUCAAACAAAACUUUUGUAAAUUUUGAUUAUGUAAUAAUACUCAUGAAAAAUAACUGGUCAUUUUCAUUGUGUCGUUGUGAGGAUUUAGAGGCCCAAAAAAAAUCACCUCUUUUAUUUGUAAAUAUGUAUAUCCUUAUAUACAUAAGUCACAGCUUUAGAUUUUAAAUAUAAAUGUAUUAAUCGGUAGGUAUGAAAUUUUUUUAGUAUCAUCACACUAUAUGGCAGCUUUACCUUAUUAUAUUUUCAAUAUAAUAUAUAAUUUUUAUUGUAAUUCAUGUAAAAAUAAUACAUUGUAAUGUUAAUACAACAAAUCAUUAUUGAAAUGUGUAAGUGAUUUAUAAAUUAAAGACAAAAAUAAUAUACAAACGCUUUAUAUAACACCGGUUAUAGCCAAUUGGGUGAUUUAUAUGGUAAUAGUAUCCCACCGUUUUUAAACUUUGCAUUAGGAACUGAGUAUUGGAAGGAUUUAGCAUAAAACAAUACUUUUGCCAAUAUUGAUUCAUUAUUAUGUGAUCUCAAUUGAUUGUAUGAAAAUUAUUGUUUAAAUAAUGAAUUUAAACAAAAAUAUUAAAUAGGUUACAUGGCAUAUUUUUUUUAACUUCUACUAAACCAUGAGUCUUCAGUUAAUAAGUUCAAUAACUUUAUAUCAUAUUUACUAGUAUCUCUGAUUUAUCUACAAUAAACGACUAUCUUUGCUACCCCAAUAUUACCUUGUACAAAAGUUUAGUAACAAAAUGUUAAGUCAUAUUUUUAAAUAUAAGAUAGCGUUUAAAGUAAACACUCAAAAAUAUAGUUUAGAAUGAGAGGUUAGUUAAGUUAAGGUAAUUACUAGGUACCUUACAAUGAGUAAGUAUAGAGGCUACAAAUAUGUCUGUAUAUAAUGUGGAAGUGAUUUUGUUUGUUGAGAAACUUAGCCAGUAUUCCUAUUUAUUGUAAUAUUAAAUAAAUAAAGGACAUAUAAGAAUUAAAAUUCUAUUAAGAUUUAUAGAAAUUUAGGCCAUUGUUUGACUGAUCACAUACUUAGUUCACUUUAUAGGUAAUAAGAUACAUAGGAUAAUUUUUAUUAUUGACACCUCCAGUGAAUUUAAUUUUAAUUGUGAUUUAGAUUUAUCGUUUCGGUGAAAGCUUCUUGGUUAUGUAUCUCACAUUUAUUAUCUCAACGGUCCAGAGGCUUGGGAUUGACUUGUGUAGUAUUAAAUUCAAUGUUUUGUUUGAGCUUUCAGGCACUAGCAUUUAAAUUUAUCUUACAAUUAGUGUUGUUUGUGUUCGUAUAAUGUAUUGAAAGGAACGUGGAUUAUUUGAGUGACUAUCUUCUGAUAUUUCGAGUAUGUGUUAACUCUUAAUAAAUCAUUAUAGAUUGUGACACAAAA